GGGACCGCUGAGGGCGCAGGAGCGCGCGCUCCUGUUUAGUGCCACACCGCGCGCCCAGCCGCGUGCUGCAACUCCGGACUUUUUUUUGGACACCUCAGAAAACGAUCCUCGUGUCUUUUUAUAAACCUCCCCCAUGCAUGAGCACCGCGAGGCCAUCCCGUCCCGGCGCGUCCCGAUCCCGGAGCGCUUUUAAGGAACCGUACUACCAUCACUGCUGAUUUUAUACACUUUUUUUUUUUGCUUGUGGGAAUCCUGGUGCGGGAAGAGGAGCGAGUGUGAAGAGAUGCUCAGAUGGAUGUAAAGAGCAGCGUGUGGGUCUGUAAUCAGUGAGCUGCUUUAUACACACACAAACACACACAUACACAUACAUAGACACACACAAACACACAAGCAGGACUGCGCGCUGGAAACGCGGAUCGGACCCGCGAUGAUCGUCUCCACGGUUUGCGUUCUCCUGCCGCUGCUGGACGUCCUGCUCUCUGCAGAAAAGUCAGUGUUUGCUGCAGCGAGCCGGAUGGACUGCGUCGGAGCCAGCGAGCUUUGCUUAAAGGAGCCGGGAUGCAGCACAAAGUAUCGGACUAUGAGGCAGUGCAUAGCCGGGAAGGAGGGCAACAUCAGUGCCGAGGGGAGGGAUGAGUGCCGCAGCGCCCUGGACGCUCUCAAGCAGAGCCCGCUGUACAACUGCCGGUGCAAAAGAGGCAUGAAGAAGGAGAAGAACUGCCUGCGCAUCUACUGGGGACUCUACCAACAUUUACAAGGAAAUGAUUUACUGGAGGAAUCUCCUUACGAGCCCAUGACUAGCCGUGCAUCGGAUAUAUUUCGAUUGGCACCCAUCUAUUCAGAGGGAGACACCAACAGCGGCCACCGGAGUGCUCCAGUCACCAUGACCCCGGCCCAAAACCCUGGUAGAAACAAGAGAUCAAACCCCGCUUGGGCUGUUCUGGGUGACCCUGCUCUGGCGAAGGAGAACAACUGCCUCAAUGCAGCCAAGGCCUGCAACCUGAACGACACGUGUAAGAAGUACCGCUCUGCCUACAUCAGCCCCUGCACGAGCCGCGUCUCCACGGCCGAAGUGUGCAACAAGCGCAAGUGCCACAAGGCGCUGCGUCAGUUUUUCGACAAGGUGCCUGCUCGACAUAGCUACGGCAUGCUGUACUGCUCGUGUCCUCCGGGGGACCAGUCAGCCUGCUCCGAGCGUCGGCGCCAGACCAUCGUCCCUGCCUGCUCCUAUGAGGACAAGGAGAAGCCCAACUGCUUGGCACUGCAAGUCUCCUGCAAGAGCAACUACAUCUGCAGGUCACGUCUAGCAGAUUUCUUCUCCAACUGUCAGCCUGAGCCGCGGUCUCUUUCCGGCUGUCUGAAAGAGAGCUACGCUGAUUGCCUUCUCUCCUACUCGGGCCUCAUUGGUACGGUGAUGACCCCCAACUACCUGCGUUCCCCUAAAAUCAGCGUGUCGCCGUUUUGUGACUGUAGCAACAGCGGCAACAGUAAAGAGGAUUGUGAACGGUUCACGGAGUUCUUCACUGACAAUGCCUGUCUGCGUAAUGCCAUUCAGGCGUUUGGAAACGGGACAGACGUGAGCGUGUGGCAUUCGUCUCCAGUGCAGAGCACCACGGCCGUGAUGACUCCAUCACACAGAGGUCGAGGACGUGAGAAAUCCCCCAACUCCCUGGAGCCGGACUCACACGGCAACCACGUGAAUCUUGGAGAUAAUUCACUGUAUCAGUUCUGUGGAAACCUGCAGGCACAGAAGCUGAAGACCAACCAAACAAUAGAUGUGUUCUGUGUGGACCCUCAGAUUGACAACCCCAGCUCCUCCAACUCCAUCUCGGGGAACUCAGCGUCUCCAACAGGCUUUAACACUCCGCUGCUGCUGCUGCUGCUGCUGCUCAGCUCUUUGCACUGCUCCCUGCCGCUCCCGUCACCCAACCUGCCACUGCUGUUGUAGCCACCAGUCUAACGCAACACAUGGACGCUUGUAAUUUGUAUUAAAAAAAGAAAUCUCUGAAAUAUGUUCCAGGUCUACCUGUUGUAAUCACCUUCUUCUCUCACCGUCUCCUUCUCUGUAUUUUUACGGCUCUGAGUUUUAUGAGCUCUAGGUUUAUGCGAAAGUGAUUUUUGGUGUAACUUGAGUUCUCUCUCCGAUUUUUUUUUUUUUUUUUUUUUUUGUACCUGGAGAUCGAAACAUCGGGAAAAAAGAAUGUGCGAGAUUUGUUCUCGCAACUUUCGAGACGAACCACAAUCUGGUCUCGUAGGUGAGAGACCUAACGUUUGAUACGGUGGUCGUGAUGAGUGGCGGCAGCUUUCUUAAGUGUUUGACGAAUCUCAUCUGUGUUUUUGCGUACGUUGCGUGCGGUAUUAUGUGCAUUGACUUCUAAGUGGCACACAAAGCAGAGGCUCACUGGGAGGUUGUGUCGGUUUUCCCUGUGCUUAGCAUAAACACACAUAGUGUCAGAGACUUGGAGUAACUUUUGGAGGCACAAACAAAGUCCAAGGAAGAUUUGUUUUGCUGGGAUUUCUGUUGUGCAUGAUUAUUCUUAUAAAAUGACUGCUUUCGUAGCUUUAAUGAUUCUGAUUAUUUUGGGGGCAUAGCUAUUCGUACAUGUACAGUAUCUAUUUUCAGAUCCUGCUUUGGGUUAGGAAGACUUUUUGGGGAGUGUUUGAGCACAGAGAGUCUGAAAGAGUGUGCUACCGUGCCUGGGUCAGUUUGGCAGUGCCAGUUAAACUGUGUGAGUGCCUCCAAGUCUAUAAACAGUCACCACUGGUGUAUAUGAUUUUCUCAAACUAUUAGAUCCUCUCUUAUGAAACUUCACUGUACUUCUCGCUGUCACCGGUCCAAAUGCAUCUGUCCUCAAAGUGCACAUUCAUAAUGCCUUUAAAGUGUAGACCAUGCUUGGACCCCUUUCGUCCAAAUUUCUGUAUAUAAUAUUUGUUUUUGUUUUUUUCGGUGUGUUGUAAUUCCAAGCAUUACAGAAGGAGACUGCGUUAUGGCCGUACGCUCAAUUCAGAUCUUGAUCUUAACCAAUCCGACUUUAGAGCCAUACACGCUCACAAAGCAUGUGCAGCUUGCACAGCCGUUGCACAUUUGAUGCAUUUAUGACAUGACCUUUGGCUUUUUGUUUUUCUUUUAGGAUGAAUAUUACACAAGAAACACCUUUAUGCGUCGCUCUCUUUAUUUACCUGGCAACCCGGAUCUUAACUACUUAAAAUAGACUGAGAAAAUAAAACAACUUGUUCAGAUUAAGAUAUAUACACCAUAUACAGGAACAGACUCCACCCUAUAACGACUGCUGCCCCAAAGUGUACAACAAAAGAUUUUCAUUGAAUACUAAAGUAUUGUUUAAAAAGUGAAGAUGAGGAAAAGAAUUUUAUUUUUGUAUCUUUUGCAUUGUGAGUUUCUUUUAUCACAAAACUCUCAUCCAUGCUACGUUAUAUAGGUUAUAAACAUUGCAAGUAAAGCUUUUAGAGGUGGCAUUAGCAGAGCAUUUUAGGGGCAGAUGUAUUGCCCUGAUGUGGUGUAAGGGCUACACUGAGUGUACAAAACACGAUUGUUCUGGAUAUCACAGUACUUUAUUUCUCUCUAUAUAUAUUUUUCUUGUUUGUUAGAGCUGCCUGCUAAUCUGCACAAUUCAUUUCUUUUUCAACAGCGGGCCAGUUACAGCUAGCAUCUUUGGGGUGGAGGAUCAUUCCACAGUAACAAGCUUAAAAAGGUCCCAGCAUUAGUCACUUUUUUUAAUCUUCUCUCUCAAUACAUAUUCAUUUCUUUAUUUUAUUAUCUAAAUUCGAUUUCAGUACCAGAGAAUGUAAAUACCAACAAGUAUUAAGAAGGUAUAAAAAUAGCCAGAACUCUCAGAACAGAAACACUUCCAAAAAUCAAAAAAUUUCGGCAUAUACAUAUAUAUAUAUAUAUAAAUGCAAUGAUGGAUGUUACAGCAGGCUUGAACAUAUAGGAAUGCUUUAAAGUUUUAUUUUAAAGUAUGUUUAAUAACAUCAGUAGUACUAUAUUUUGUGAGGUUAUUAUUCUAAUGAUCUCUAAAUGGCUAUAAAUAACACAAUUUGAAGGGUUUUUUAUUAUUAUUAUUCUUAUUAUUUUGCACUGAUGCUUCACAUUACCACGUUUAGCUAGUGCCACAGACUCGAAUCUGAGCUUUAAUGCAUAUUCAUCUUUAAAUGUCUAGUUUCAUGAUGUCACUCAACUUGUCAGACCAGAGAGAGUAAAUAAAAUUAAAACAAACCUGUGAAAAGAAUAUGCUACACAUUUUUCGUGAACUGCCUUCAGCUGAAUAGUUUAGACUCCUAAGUGAUCGACUGCAACAAGCCACAGCAGAGGAUCUGUUACAGAAACUUCCAGAAGGUUCUUAAGAUGUUUUUUUUAAAAAGUAGAGUCGCUAAACUUGGAACAGUUAUAGACAUCAAUUAUUAAGACAUUGAUCAGUUCCUGCUACAGUAUUUUAAUUUUGUUAAGAUUUUUUUUUUUUUUUUUGCUGAAGGAAAGGCAAAUAAUUUUCUAUGUUUUUUUUAUACAACUUUUUGUCUUUUUUGAUAUUCUCUUGACAAGUGCUAAUGUUUCUGGAGUUCACAGUCGCUAGUUUGUGUCAUGGCUUGACAGAUCAUAGUACUAAAGGCAAGAAGACAUGCACAGCACCUCUCGGAUGGCUACAGGAGUAUUUUUCAUUCUCGUUCUUUCAGGUUUGGUCUCACAAAGUCGUUUGUCAGUAGUUUUCAUCCAUUUUUUCACAGUCUUGGCACCGACCUCAUGACCUCUUUGCCUUUUUCUCAUUUAUACAGAUCAAGGUGGCUGUACAAGAUAAAACCAAACAGCAAUUAUAGUAUUAUCUAGCUAAUCAGUUUCAGGAAAUAAGCACACUUUCUAGUGUUCUGCACACUCAGUGUAUCCUGCAAAACCUGAUUCUGCUUUGUGCAAAUUUGGGUCAGAACAUGAUAAAGCAAAAAAAAACAAACAAACAAAAAAACCAAUAAUAAAUUAAUAAUAAAAAUUGUUAAAAAAAAACAAAAACAAAACCUUUACACACCCACAUUAUAAUGGUUGAUAAAAUGAACGUCUUGUUUAUAAAUAAAAAGGUUUCCCCUCUGACAUAUUUCUUCCUAGCUUGUGAAAAUGUACAAAUAAAUAUUAUAUGAAAACUGAUUAAAAUGGUGACUCAUCCAA